AUGGCUCAUGCGAGUCCUUCCACACCUGCCGCCGGCUCGCUGUUUGCCGGCGGGCUGACGGGAAUGGAGACCGCCAAUUGCCGGGUGGUGUGCCGAUUUAGGCCCACGGUGCCCAAGGACAAGUCGGCGAAGCCGCCCAGCAGCACCUACAAGUAUUCGUUCAACAUCCUCUCGCCCAUCCAAAUCGAAAUCGCCAAAGAACAGAUUGGGCAGAAGACGUCAGACAACUUCCACUUUGACAAGAUCUAUGACGGCGCUGCAACACAGGAGCAAGUCUACGAGCACAUCGCCAAGGAAACGGUCGAGGACGUGUUGAACGGCUACAAUGGCACUGUGAUGUGCUACGGCCAGACCGGCGCCGGCAAGACCUACACCAUGUUCGGACCCGAGCUCGAGAAGGACGCCCUCAAGGGCAUCAUCCCGCGUGCCAUUAGGGAUCGGGAGACUGAGUUCGCGAUCAAGUGCUCGUUUCUCGAGAUCUACAAGGAGCGCAUUCGCGACUUGCUCAACCCCAAGAACGCCAACCUCAAAGUCCGUGAGACGCCCAGCCGCGGCGUGUGGGUCGACGGCAUCACCGAAGAGAUUGUGUCUACUGAGUCCGAAGUCAUGGAGCUUCUCAAGUUUGGCGCCCAGUUUCGACAAAUCGGCGCCACGAGUUCGAACGACAGCAGCACACGCGCGCACAGCUUGUUCAUGCUCACGCUGACCCAAAAGUUCCCCGACGGAUCCGCUAAAACGGGCAAACUCAACCUCGCCGACUUGGCCGGAUCGGAAAAUAUAUUCCGUUCGGGCGCGACCGGCGCGCAGGUCGAGGAGGCCAAGAAGAUCAACCAGUCCCUCUCCGCGCUGGGCAACUGCAUCAAGGCCCUGUCGGAGCGCCUCCCGCACGUCCCCUACCGCGACUCGAAGCUGACCCACAUUCUUCGCGAUUCGCUGGGCGGCAACGCCAAGACGACGCUGGUGUUGUGCUGCUCGCCGCACCCCUUCGACGGCGAACAGACCCUGUCGACCCUCCGAUUCGGCCAAAAGGCCAAGUCGCUGCGGAAUAUCGUCACCGUCAACCGACAGCGAAGCAACUACGAACUGCUGCAGAUCAUCGAAAUGCUCAAGAAGGAGUUGCUGGCCAUGAAGAAGUAUGCCGAGUAUCUGGAGGAGGAGCUGCGCAAGCUCAAGGGACCCAACUGGAAGCCCUCCAUGCCGCGACCCAACUUUAUGAGUGUGAGCAUCACGAGCAUGGAGAACAAGGUGCUCAACGAAGGCGCCGCCGCAAGUGGCGGCGGCGGUGGUGUUGGCGGCGGCGCCAAGGGCGCGCAGGCAACGACAGACGGCGGCGGGUACCAGCCCUAUUACGAGGGCGAGGUGGAGGAGGAGCCGACCGACGACGAGAAUGGCGGCGACGUGAUCGAUGCGCUGGACAUCGCUCAGCUCAAGGUCGAGCUCGAGACCGCACGCGAGGAAGGCCAGAUGCGCAUCGAUGAACUCACGCGCGAGCUCAAGGAGGCGGCCGAGCAAGCCGAAGAGGAUCGAGAGAAGAUGAAGAAGCUGGCGGAGGAGCUGGCAGCCAAGCAGAGGGAACUGGACCAGAUGCGGCGAGAGGCCGAGGACAAGGAGGACGCCCUCAAGAGCCAGGUCUCCGAGCUGCGCUACGAGGCCCAGAAGGCCGCACUCGAUGCGGAAGCGGAGGCGGCCAAGGCCACCAUGCUCGCGCUCACCAACUCAGAUCUCCUAAAGGCGAUGGAGGAGGCCAAAGCCAGCCUGAGCCUCCUGCACGAGAGCCACCGCCAGCAGGAGGAGAACGAGCGACGACGGCGCGCACAAGAGCUGGCCGAACUCGAGCGCGCGUUCGCGGCGGCCGCGGCCGAGCGCGAGCGGCAGAUCAGGCAGGAGUUGACCGACAAGGCCGCCCGCGACAGCGCUGAUGAGCAGCGGCGGCAGGCCAUGGUGGCCGAGCAGACCGCAGCGGCCGCGGCCGCUGCCACGGCGACCACCAGCCAAGAUCGGCUGACGUCAGCGACGUCGACAACAAAGGAAACGGGGUCUGAGGGCGCAGCUGGCGGGACCUGCCCGCACUGCGGGCGCUCCCGGCCCGGCGACGACGGCGGUGGACGUGACGUCAGCAGCAAAGACGCGGACGCCGAGCGCGUGCGACCGGACCAAGGCAAGCCCAGCAAGUCCACCGACGACGGCAGCGGCGGGGAUGAAUCGAAGCCGGCGAUGGGCGACCAGCCGCGGAGCCGGCGGCGUAGCGAGGUGGUCCUGGGCGGCGACAGGCGCAGCAGCCUUGGGCAGGCGGCGCUGUCGGACGCCGGGGCGGGCAGCGCUGGCGCAGGCGCUGGCGCAGGCGAAGCUUCGUCGGGGGCGAGGGCCAGCCAGCGGUUGGGUGGUUCGGUGAUGAACCUGCUCCCGCGCCUCACGUCGUCGGGCGACCUCGACAGCUACGCCGCAUCGUCGCCCUCGGCCCUGCCCGGCCUCGCCGACAGUGCUGACGUCAUCAAGCUCGCGGCGCGGGCGGCCAGCAAGUCUGAUGGUGAUGAUGACGUCAGCAAGCGGCCGGCCGGCGAGAAUGUGGCGGAGGAGAUGGUGGUGAAGACGGGAAAUGACAAGAAUGCGGUGACGCGCACGCGGGACGACGAGACCCGUAAGUCGCGGACCGACUCGGGUACGCGCAUCUACGACCCGCUGCUGUCGCUCGAGUUCCCGGAGGAGCGGUGGCCGACGGCGUUGACUUCGACCAGCCAGCUGCUGGCCCAGCUCAGGACCUCGGGCAACGUCGAGGCCAGCGAGGGCGUCGGCUGCCGCAGCGCGAAGGAGAUCGAACGCGAGGCCUCCAUGGCCGUCGCCCAGGAAUUCUCCAUAGGUGUGCUCGAAACGCUGGAUCAGCUGCGUCGUCAGGUCUCACAGUCCCAAGCACUGAACGACAUCGACGCCAAGAAGCUGCGGAAUGUGGAGAGUCGCAUUCAGGAGAUGCAGGAGGCGCUGCUCAAGGAAAAGGAGGCCAAGAACCGGGUGCAGGACGCGUUCGACGAGGCCCGGGUCCAGUGGCAGGCGCGCGAGGAGGAGCUCAAGCGGCAGCUGUCGCUCUACGAGCAGGGCGUGCGGCGCGAGAUCGAGCGCGAGACGCUCAAGUCGACCAAGGUGGUCAAGAAGCAGCGCCAGCGGCUGCGCGACGCCCUGUGGAGCAAGAAGGCCUACUCCCGCAAGGAGGCCCAGCACCGCGACCCGCCCACCAAGGAGGGCUGGCUGACCAAGCAGGGCGGCCUCGUAAAGAGCUGGAAGCGGAGGUACUUUUUCCUGCAGAAGGGGAGCAUGUACUACUUCGACGACCCGAGCAAGGACAAGGCCCUGGGCUUCUUCGACCUGCGCGGCUGCGCCGUCAUGGACGCCGAAGAGGAGACCAAGAAGCCGUUCAGCUUUGGCAUCUUCCACAAGUCGCAGCGCACGUACUGGCUGCACGCCAAGGACCGGCAGGAGAUGACCGAGUGGAUGGACACCCUGCAGCAGGCCAUCGACAUGCUCGACGAGGAGGCCCAGCACCACGACCCCCCCGCCAAAUGA